AAAAGCCCCCCUCUGCUCUGCAAGAGUGUGGGUCUGUUCUUGCCUGUGUCUUUGGCCUUUUAUCUCUGCUUCCAUGUCGGCCAUACACUUCAUCAUCUCAUGGUUUUGAAUAUUUGAACACUAAAGAUUCAGCUUUUGUAAAAUUCUGUUUUUUUUUUUCUUCUUCUUCUUCUUCUUUUUUGGCGGGUCUUUGUUGGCUGAGAAUUUUGGAGCUUGGAGGAGAUCUUGUUGCAGAUAUUCUUGUGUAGACAGUGACUGAGACUGUUGUGGAACUGGAUCUUGAACUGUGUCAUGUUUUUGCCAUCAUUCAAUUGCAACCUUAUCACUGUCUCUCCAACUCUCCCUUCAAAUUCUCUGUUUGAACCAUCCUCUAUAAACAGAAAAGGAAAACAAAAAACUUGGUGGGGUUGAACUAUUAUUUUGGAAAAAAAUAAAAAUAAAAUUGGUCCUCUUGCUUCCAUGAAAGCUUCCCUUUGACAUCUCCAAUUGUCCAAGACAUUAGGGUUUGUUUGAGUGUCAAAGUUUUGGAGACAAAGCAGUUAAUUGACAGCAAAGAAAAAGAAAAAAAGGAAAAAAGGAAAAAAUGGAAGCUUCUCAAGUCUGAAUUGGUCAGUCAGCAAAAAUUGGGACUCGAAGAAACUGUGGACGACUGGGAUUCUUUUCUCAGUGGAAGAAAUAAUUUGCAACCACUUUGUGUGUGAGGUUUCUCUGAAAUUGUUGUGUACACGUGGCACAUAAUUUUCUUCUGGUUUCAGCUUUGCUGUGAUCAUAUAUGCUUUUUCAGUGAAAGUUGUCUGAGAUGAUUACAUUUAUGGAUUCAAAGGAGAAAUCAAAAGAGGAGGAAAGGUGUUUGGAUCCUCAGCUAUGGCAUGCCUGUGCAGGUGGGAUGGUGCAGAUGCCAGUUGUGAAUAGUAAGGUAUAUUACUUCCCUCAGGGCCAUGCUGAACAUGCAUGUGGACCUGUUAACUUCAGGAAUUGCCCCAAGGUUCCGCCUAUGGUUCCGUGCAGAGUGGCAGCUAUCAAAUACAUGGCUGAUCCUGAAACAGAUGAGGUUUAUGCUAAACUAAGGCUUGUCCCUUUGAGUAGCAAUGAUGUUGAUUAUGACCAAGAUGUUGUUGGGGGCAUCAAUGGGUCUGAAACUCAGGACAAGCCUGCUUCAUUUGCAAAAACCUUGACACAAUCGGAUGCAAACAAUGGUGGAGGGUUUUCUGUUCCUAGAUAUUGUGCUGAGACAAUUUUUCCUCGUUUGGACUAUUCAGCAGACCCUCCUGUCCAAAACAUCCUUGCAAAGGAUGUUCAUGGUGAAACAUGGAAAUUCAGGCACAUUUAUAGGGGCACGCCAAGGCGGCAUCUGUUGACUACUGGGUGGAGUACUUUUGUCAAUCACAAGAAGCUUAUUGCUGGGGACUCAAUUGUGUUUUUGAGAGCAGAUAAUGGGGAUCUUUGUGUUGGAAUUCGGCGAGCGAAAAAGGGUGUUCAUGAUGGAUCUGAGGCUUCCUCAGGGUGGAAUCCUGCAGGAGGAAAUUGUCAAGUUCCUUAUGGUGGAUUUUCAGCAUUUUUGAGGGAGGAUGAUGACAGAAUCAUGAGAAAUGGUAACGGGAAUGGAUUGAACCCAUGUGCGAAUAUGAUGGGCAAGGCAAAAGUGAGGCCAGAAGCAGUUAUUGAAGCUGCAAAUCUUGCUGCCAAUAAGCAACCUUUUGAGGUUGUUUACUACCCUCGGGCAAGUACUCCAGAGUUUUGUGUGAAGGACUCGUUGGUUGAAGCAGCACUGCAGAUUAGGUGGUGUGCUGGAAUAAGGUUCAAGAUGGCCUUUGAAACUGAGGAUUCCUCGCGGAUAAGUUGGUUUAUGGGAACCAUAUCUUCAGUUCAAGUUGCUGAUCCCCUUGGCUGGCCUAACUCACCUUGGAGGCUUCUUCAGGUUACAUGGGAUGAGCCAGAUUUACUUCAAAACGUGAGAAGGGUGAGCCCUUGGUUGGUUGAAUUGGUAUCAAACAUGCCAGCCAUCCAUCUUUCCCCUUUCUCACCACCGCGGAAGAAAUUGAGAUUGCCACAAUACCCAGAUUUCCCCCUUGAUGGCCAGAUUCCUCUGCCAACAUUUCCCAACAACCUUCUAGGUCCCAGCAACCCAUUCGGUUAUCUAUCCGAAAGUACUCCUGCUGGCAUGCAGGGAGCCAGGCAUGCUCAUUAUGGUAUAUCUUUAUCAGAUCUCCACGUCAAUAAAGUGAAUUCAGGUCUAUUUCCGGCCGGUUUCCCGCCUCUUGAUCACACUGCUACACCAAUGAGGGUCUCAAAUAACCUAAUAUUUCAAAAGCCCAGCAUGAGUGAGAAUGUCUCUUGCUUACAAUCCAUGACAAAUUCUACUCAGUCUUCAAAGAAACUGGAUGAUGGGAAGAAACCCCAGCUUGUGCUUUUUGGCCAAAAAAUUCUCACUGAGCAGCAGAUAUCAUCUUUGAGCAGCUCUGGUGAUACACAUUCCCCAGUUCUUACUGGAAAUUGUUCAUCAGAUGGAAAUGCUGACAAAGUGACUAAUUUUUCUGAUGGUUCCGGAUCUGCUUUUCAUCAGCAAGGCCUACACGAGCGCGCCUCUUGUGAGAGGUUUCAGUGGUAUAGGGAUAAUCGCCAAGAAUCUGAAGCCCGUUUGGAGAUGGGUCACUGUAAAGUUUUUAUGGAAUCAGAAGAUAUAGGUCGGACUAUGGACCUCUCUUUGCUUGGAUCUUAUGAUGAACUGUACAAAAAGCUGACAGACAUGUUUGGCAUAGAAAAAUCUGAGAUGCUAAGUCAUGUGGUUUACCGCGAUAUAACUGGAGCAGUCAAACACAUUGGAGAUCAACCAUUCAGCAACUUCACAAGAACAGCGAGGAGGUUGACUAUUCUAAUGGAUUCCAGCAGUGACAAUGUAGGAGUGUAAUGGAGGAAAAUAAACCAUUCUUUCAAUUGUACAGCUGGUUCAUGAAAUCCUCAAUUCUCAUUCUGACCCUUUACCCUUUUCUUGAGCAAUGGAAGGAGGCAAUCUGAUCUAAUUUUUGAAUAUGAAACUCUCCAGAAACGUUUCUCUUCUAUCUCAAGGGGGAUAUUUGGAAUUUUUAUUUGAGUUGAUCAUAACUUUUGUUUUUCCUUCUCGUUUUUGAUUUUUAACCUUGCCUACUUGAGUUCUCAUUUUCAAUUUUGUUGGAGGAAAAAGGUGGAGGAGGUUGAGAAGGCGUAGAGAUCCUAUAAAUAUGAUUGGUUUGUUUGUAGCAAAAAGAAAAAAACAAGGGGUAUUCAAGUUGGUGCGUAUAAUUGGCUUUUGUAUUUACCUUUUCUGUGAUUGUAC